CAUGGCUGCAAGGAAGGAAAAUCCGGUGCUUACGGCUUGUCAAGCACCCAGUGGCCGAAUCACACGAGCUCAAGCCGCUGCAAAUCGUGGGAGAUUCGGGUUGGUUCCCUCGGUACCACUACCUGCAAGAACUCAACGAAAGCAGACAGCAAAAGGAAAGACGAAAAGGGGAGCUUUGGAUGAAAACACAGCUGCAGGUACUGCAGCUUCAGCGCCUCAGCCUAAACGGCGCACAGUGCUCAAGGAUGUAACCAACAUCGGCUGUGCUAACUCAUCCAAAAAUUGCACCACUGGAACUAAGCUGCAGCCAAAGUCAAAGCCCACCCAAAGGGUGAAACAAGCUCUGAGCAAAAAGCAGUGCUCAAAGAAGGUCCCUAAGCUACCCCUUCCGGCUGCUGGUGGAAAUUCAGUUGUGAAUGAUUCGAGAAAUUCGGAAGAAACUCAAAAGGUGGACCUUUUGGCACAAUUGGACGAGCACACUGAUUUGCUUGGCAAUGAAGGGGCACUGUCAUUGCAGAAUAUUGAGCGAAACAGGGACAGUGCUUGCCACGAGGCAUUCUUUGAGGCAAGAAAUGGCACGGAUAAACCUGAAUUUGCUGACUCAAAAGCUGGUGACUCUUGUGGUUUAGAUUUUAUAGAUAUUGACAAUGAUAAUGGGAAUCCUCAAAUGUGUGCUUCCUAUGUUGCAGAGAUAUACACAAAUAUGAUGGCGUCAGAGCUUAUCAGAAGACCCAGAUCAAAUUACAUGGAGGCUUUGCAGCGGGACAUCACAAAGGGCAUGCGAGGCAUUCUCAUUGAUUGGCUUGUUGAGGUUUCUGAAGAAUAUAAACUCGUGCCAGACACACUCUACCUAACCAUUAAUCUUAUUGACCGAUUUCUUUCUCAGCAUUAUAUUGAAAGGCAGAAACUGCAACUUCUCGGAAUAACAAGCAUGUUGAUUGCCUCGAAAUAUGAAGAGAUCUGUGCUCCUCGUGUUGAAGAAUUUUGUUUCAUAACUGACAACACAUAUACAAAGGCUGAGGUGCUGAAAAUGGAGUGCCUGGUGCUUAAUGAUCUGGGAUUUCAUCUAUCUGUUCCAACAACAAAAACAUUUCUCAGGAGAUUCCUUAGGGCCGCACAGGCUUCUCGUAAAGUUCCUUCUAUUACUUUGGGAUGUUUGGCCAAUUAUCUUGCAGAGCUGACUUUGAUCGAUUAUAGUUUCCUGAAAUUUCUUCCUUCAGUGGUGGCAGCAUCUGCAGUCUUUCUUGCAAAAUGGACGCUUGACCAAUCUGACCUUCCAUGGAACCGUACUCUUGAGCACUACACUUCUUACAAAAGCUCUGAUAUUCAAAUAUGUGUCUGCGCUCUACGGGAACUGCAGCAUAACACCAGCAAUUGCCCUCUCAAUGCUAUACGUGACAAGUAUAGGCAACAAAAGUUUGAGUGUGUAGCCAACCUGACAUCACCGGAACUGACGCAGUCACUAUUCAGUUGACAGGUCAAUGGUAUCAGUUUCCUGUUAAUCAACAGCCAUUAGCAGAGAUUGUUACCAAGACUGAUCUGAUUUGUUGUGUUCUGAAAUGUUGUUGUUUCCGACCUUUUUAGAGUCACCCCAGUAAAAAUUAAAAAAAGGAGAGAUAGCUUGCAUUUGUUUGACCUUAAGUAUGCCUUUAGUUGAUAAUUGUAAGAAAACACCCACUGUGUGUAGGCUACCGCCCUGGGUUGAUAAUUGUAAGAUGAUCCUGCUUGUAUAACAAAUGGUGCUUGGUUUGUCUGAGAUUAUGUUAUUCCUUUGUUA